GAACACUGAAGACCUUAAUAACAAAUCCUCCAAAGUCAAAAUGAAUACAGAUAGCGGUGGGUGUGCUCGCAAACGUGCUGCCAUGUCUGUCACAUUAACAUCUGUGAAGAGAGUUCAAAGUUCUCCAAACCUAUUGGCUGCAGGGCGUGACUCUCAAUCACCAGACUCAGCUUGGAGAUCUUACAAUGAUCGAAAUCAAGAGACACUGAAUGGAGAUGCUACAUAUUCCUCUCUUGCAGCAAAAGGUUUUAGAAGCGUUCGACCAAAUCUACAAGAAAAGAAAUCACCAACUCAGAGCCAGAUAACAGUGAAUGGGAACUCUGGAGGUGCUGUGAGCCCAAUGAGUUACUACCAGAGGCCGUUUUCCCCCUCAGCCUACUCUCUACCAGGCUCACUCAAUUCCAGCAUUAUCAUGCAGCAUGGCCGGUCUCUUGAUUCCACAGAGACAUAUCCACAGCAUGCACAAUCACUGGAUGGCACCAUGGGCGGCUCCAUACCACUGUACAGAUCCUCAGAGGAAGAGAAGAGGGUGACAGUCAUCAAGGCCCCGCAUUACCCAGGGAUCGGGCCCGUGGACGAAUCCGGAAUCCCCACGGCAAUUAGAACGACGGUUGACAGACCGAAGGACUGGUACAAGACGAUGUUUAAGCAGAUUCACAUGGUGCACAAGCCGGAUGAUGACACAGACAUCUAUAAUACUCCUUAUACAUAUAACGCAGGCCUGUACAACUCACCCUACAGCACUCAAUCACAUCCUGCUGCGAAGACCCAGACCUACAGACCCCUCUCCAAAAGCCACUCGGAUAAUGGCACGGAUAUCUUCAAGGGUGCCUCCUCCCCGGUCCCACCUCCGCAUGUUCCUCCUCCAGUCCCACCUUUUCGACCAAAAGAUCGGACUGCAACAGAAAAGCAUGAUUGGGAUCCUCCAGACAGGAAAGUGGACACGAGAAAAUUUCGUUCUGAGCCAAAGAGUAUUUUCGAAUAUGAACCUGGGAAGUCAUCAAUUCUGCAGCAUGAAAGACCACCCCCUCUCCCAACAACUCCGACACCUGUUCCAAAGGAACCUGGCCGGAAGCCUAUUUCUAUUUCACCACACGGCGCAGUAGCUGGUAGCCCCUCCCCUCCACCCAGGACCGGCAUCCCCACACCAGGCCCGUGCCCGCUGGCUCUCUCCCCCAUCUGGACUGAUCGCAUAAAUCCUGAUGACAUAGAUUUAGAAAAUGAGCCCUGGUAUAAAUUCUUUUCAGAACUGGAGUUUGGACGCCCGCCUCCUAAAAAGGCUCUGGACUAUGUUCAAGAUCAUUCUUCUGGUGUUUCCAAUGAGGCCUCCUUGUAUCAAUCUUCUGUAGACAGAAGCCUGGAAAGAUCUACUAGCUCUCCAAGCACUGCCAGUGACUUCAGGAAAAGACGGAAGAGCGAGCCUGCAGUGGGGCCGCCGAGGGGCUUGGGGGGUCAGAGUGCAAGCAGGACGAGCCCAGGAUGGGCAGACAUCCCCGGAUCCAGCGCCACCCUGACCAAGUCCUUCAUUAGUUCUUCGCCCUCAUCCCCAUCAAGAGCAAAAGGUGGGGAUGACAUGUGUUCAUCCCUUUGCAGUUACUCAGGGCUCAAUGGCAACCCCUCCAAUGAGUUAGAUUACUGUAACACUUACCGACAGCAUUUGGACGUCCCUCGUGACUCACAGAGGGCCAUUACUUUCAAGAACGGCUGGCAAAUGGCCCGGCAAAAUGCAGAGAUUUGGAGCAGCACUGAGGAAACAGUCUCUCCUAAAAUCAAAUCCCGUAGUUGUGAUGAUCUCCUAACUGAUGACUGCGAUAGCUUCCAGGACCCCAAAUCCAAGUCAGAAAGUAUGGGCUCUCUGUUGUGUGAAGAGGACCCCAAGGGGAGUUGCUCCAUGCCAUGGGCUUCUCCCUACAUCCAGGAGGGCCGCAGUAAUGGCAGAUCAAGGCUUCGACACAGGUCAGCCCAUGAUGCCCCAGGGUUCCUAAAAAUGUACAAGAAAAUGCACCGCAUUAACCGCAAGGAUUUGAUGAAUUCCGAGGUGAUUUGCUCGGUAAAGUCACGGAUCAUGCAGUAUGAAAAGGAGCAGCAGCACAGGGGCCUGCUCCAUAGAUGGAGCCAAUCCUCCACUGAGGAGGUGCCCAGGGACAUGGUACCCACCCGCAUUUCUGAAUUUGAAAAGUUGAUUCAAAAGUCAAAAUCCAUGCCAAAUUUAGGGGAUGAAAUGUUAUCUCCUAUAACCCUGGAACCACAACAAAAUGGUUUAUGUCCCAAAAGGCGAUUUUCUAUUGAGUCUUUGCUGGAGGAAGAAAAUCAAAGUCGACACCCUUCUCAGGUACAACGAAGCUACAAGGCUAAAACCCUGGUGCCAAUUCAUAUCGAGGUGACCAGUGACGAACAGCCAAGAGCUCACAUGGAGUUUUCCGACAGUGACCAAGAUGGAGUUGUGUCUGACCACAGUGACUACAUUCAUGUAGAAGGAUCAUCCUUUUGCAGUGAGAGUGAUUUUGAUCACUUUUCUUUCACAUCCUCUGAAAGUUUUUACGGAUCCAGCCACCACCACCACCACCACCAUCACCACCACCAUCACCGGCACCUCAUUAGCUCCUGCAAAGGCAGAUGCCCGGCCUCCUAUACUCGAUUUACCACCAUGUUAAAACAUGAAAGAGCUAAACAUGAAAAUACUGAAGAGCCCAGAAGACAAGAAAUGGACCCUGGCCUUUCUAAACUUGCAUUCCUAGUCAGUCCUGUGCCUUUCCGGAGGAAAAAAAGUUCAACUCCCAAAAAACAAACUGAAAAGGCAAAAUGUAAAACAUCUGUAUUUGAGGCUCUGGACUCUGCCCUUAAAGACAUUUGUGACCAAAUUAAAGCUGAAAAGAGAAGGGGGAGUUUGCCAGACAACAGUAUAUUGCACCGUCUUAUCAGUGAACUGCUGCCAGAUGUUCCUGAAAGGAAUUCAUCACUUAAGGCUCUAAAAAGGAGCCCCAGGCACCAGCCUUUCCACCCACAGCCUCAAGAUGGUGCUAUUCAUUGUCCUCUGUACCAGAACGACUGUGGGAGGAUGCCUCACAGUGCCUCCUUCCAAGAUGGGGAUGCGACCAACAACUACCACCACCACCAAGACCCUGAGAGUGUGCCGAGUCUCCAAGACCAUGAGUUCUCCAGAAGUUACUCAUCCACUCUGACGGAUGUGGGGAGAAUCACACCACGGGGAAGAAGAGGAACUCCGGAGACAGAGAAACUGCCUGCAAAAGCUGUUUAUGAUUUUAAAGCUCAGACAUCGAAGGAGUUAUCAUUUAAGAAAGGAGAUACUGUCUAUAUCCUCAGGAAAAUUGAUCAAAAUUGGUAUGAGGGUGAGCACCGUGGGAGAGUGGGCAUUUUUCCAAUCUCCUACGUAGAGAAACUCGUACCUCCUGAAAAAGCGCAGCCUGCAAGACCACCUCCCCCAGCCCAACCUGGAGAAAUCGGAGAAGCUAUAGCCAAAUACAAUUUCAGUGCUGACACAAAUGUGGAGCUAUCGCUGAGAAAGGGAGAUAGAGUUAUUCUUCUUAAAAGAGUUGAUCAAAAUUGGUAUGAAGGUAAAAUCCCCGGAACCAACAGACAAGGCAUCUUCCCUGUUUCCUAUGUAGAAGUUGUCAAGAAGAAUACAAGCAAAGGUGCUGAGGAUUACCCAGACCCUCCAAUACCCCCCAGUUACUCUAGUGAUAGAAUCCACAGCUCCAGUUCCAACAAGCCACAGCGUCCUGUGUUCACUCAUGAAAACAUUCAAGGUGGGGGGGAACCGUUUCAGGCUCUGUAUAACUAUGCUCCUAGGAACGAAGACGAGCUGGAGCUCAGAGAAAGCGAUGUCAUUGACGUGAUGGAGAAGUGUGACGAUGGCUGGUUUGUGGGAACGUCAAGAAGAACCAAGUUUUUUGGUACUUUUCCCGGAAACUAUGUCAAGAGGCUGUGAAUCACUCUCCCUCCUUAUUUAUGCCGCGUUUCAGCACAUCUGUGUAACCUGGCCCGAAAGAUCCUGCAGACCUCCCGCUAUCUUCUGGUUUCCAAGUGAGUCACCCACCAUCACCAUGUCCACCUGCCACUAUGCCACCAGCAGAGUGACCGCGGCGGCUGGGCUCUGGGCCGCUUGGCCAACUUGUUUCUGCAUCAAAGUGCAUUUUCCUGCUUUCCGCUCUGGACUUUGAGGAAACGGUAUGGGGGAUCACAGAAAGAAAAUCACCGCACUUAAAAAGGGUUAACUGAAAAAGAAAGUGUCUCGAGGAGGAUCUCCGGUCUACAUUGGAUGAUAUUUACCCCCCAGAAAACCAGAUGUUUGUUUAUUACUAAAUGCUGUGGUUUGCAUUUUCACAUUCUUAGCUUGGCAGUAUAUUUUCCUUUCACAAGUUUGCCUAGUGUCCUGGUUUACACGAUAUGACAACUGUACUUCAGCUAUUGUUUGCCUGCACUUACAUGUUAUAAUAUGCACAGUGAUAAUAAAAUCUAAGCAAGGGUAGGAAAGUUAAUUCGGAUGAGUGUGAUGUUGUAGAUUGAAUGUGAGGUUUCAAACAGGAGUCAUUUCCUGCAGUUUUUUUUUGUGCUUUUUAGAAGUGCAAAGAGUAAGUGAAUAAGAGCCUUUGGUAAUAAUCAUGAGACUAUAAGAGGUUUAGCUAGACUACAGAAAAAAAACAAACUAUUGUGUUGUAAAGUUGCAAUGCUAUUUUAUAUUAAAAUGUAAUAAUCAGCAUCAUGAACAAUGAGCUCUUAGUGUUUUAUUUAUCUGACAAAGUUUUAAAAAAAGCAGUGUUAGUGAGAGGUGCAAAGAAUUAUUCUAACAUAGACACUUGAAAGUCUCUGUAAGCAAUAUUUGUAGGUAAGAUUUCACUGAGGUACACAUAUACAUUUACGAUUGUCAGAGAACAAUGCAUCUGAUAUGUUGUACAUUUUAUGGAAAUCUAAAAGAAUCCCACACAUUAUUUUAUAGAAAUAGAGUACUUCAGUAGCAUCACACCUAUGAAAGCUGGUUUUAGCAAGAAUUAUGAGCAAUACAAUUAUUUUUACUAUGAUAAUUAUUUUUCUUCUGUGGAACUCAGAAUCCUGGCUACAUUUGAAGACAGGAAUAUGUUGAGCCUGAUUUUCCUGGUAUAUGUAAAAUAUGUCCUCAAAAUACAUUAGGCACUUUUCAGAGGCAAUGUUAAAUCAUUCAGGUUCUGUUUUAUGCCCUGAAGUAGGAAUUUUCUAAAUGAUAUUGGAACCUGGAAGACUCAGUGUGGUUAACAGUGCCUGAAUUACACAGACCCCGAGAGCUAGCUUUGCAUUUCCUAUGACUUUGCAUAAGAACUCUGCAUAUUUGGAUCUUGGGCACCUUACAGAUAAAACUUUUUAUGACAUUUCUUUUGUGGGUAGCGAGUCAUCUUUUCACAAUGUACGCAGACUCUAGAAUUUUGGACAUAUGUUUGCUCUUUUUUUUGUACAGACUAUUUAGCAGUUGAGAAAAUGGGAAUUUCCUAAUUUGGCCUUUAUCCUUCACUUAAACUGGGCUACAGUACUUCCCACAGAUUAGCCUUUAUAUACUCUGCAGAUCACAAGCACGCCUUGAUAGUGCACUUUUGUAAGAUGUGGAAGAUCUUAGCAGCCAAACUGAAAUGCACUUAAAUACUGAUCACAGAGGAAUUUCACUAGGCAGACGGUAAAGAAAUGUCUUUGAGUAGCCUACCUUGAUUACUGUCAAGUUCACAACCAGCUUUAUAUUUUAAAGGCUUUGGGUUUGAAAGUAAGUCAACUGCAUGCAGCUUUGCUGACAAAUGAGUACUUAUCUUUGAUGCCAUUUAUGAGAAAAGACUUCAGUAGUUGUUGCCUGUCAUAUUUAAGAAAAAUUACUGUUUCUACUCUCUGUAUCUGAUUUUAAAAGGAAAAAUAUUCAUGCCUGACUUUCAGGUAACUGACUUUGAAUUCUUACAGUGAAGGUCAUUGUGUUUUUCUUGAAUAGACAUCUAAUAAAUUUUGCUUGGAAGCAUA